GGAGUGUAGCGGAAGUUGUGUUUGUGUUUCCGGGUCUCGGAAGAUGUUACGACCUCCGUCCUAUUGUUUGCAUUUUAGCUCGUGAUGAGGACGGCGGAGUAAAACGAGCCAGUGUUUAGUUUCCUACAGAGAGAAACAUCACAAACUGCUGGAUUAGGUUUUAAAACCUGAAACGAUGCUACAAAGAGCAGGUCAGGGAGAAGUUGAGGAGAGGCACUUCAACAUGAACUCUGAGAGGAAACUGUCAGCUGACCAGUGGAGAGAUGUCCAGAAAGUGAUUGUUGGUGAAGAACAUCAGCAGGAGUGGAGCUCCAGUCUGGACCAGGAGGACACAAAGCCCCCAAACAUUAAAGAGGAACAGGAGGAACUCCAGAUCAGUCAGGAUGAAGAGAAGCUUCAAGGGCUGGAGGAGGUGGAUAUCACCAAGUUCACAUUCACUCCGGUCCCUGUGAAGAGUGAAGAUGAUGAGGAGAAACCUCAGUUCUCAAAGCUUCAUCAAAGACAAACUGAAGAGAUCAAAACAGAAGCUGAUGGAGAGGACUGUGGAGGACCAGAACCAGCAAUGAAAUCAGAUCCAGAUACACAUUUACAACCAGACACUGAUGCCAAGACUGGAGAUGCUUCUGAACCUGAGACUGAUGACAGUGAACAGACCAGAGAACCUCGGUCAGGUUUAAACUCUCUGAAUAAUGAUACAUUUCCUGUUAGUGAUUCAAGAUGUACUACUGGUGAGAAAGCAUUUAGCUGCUCUGAGUGUGGGAAAAGAUUUGGCACCAAUGGAGAUGUGACGAGGCAUAUGAGAUCACAUACAGGAGAGAAACCAUUUAGCUGCUCAGUCUGUAAGAAAGCUUUUACAGUGAGUGGAAAUUUACAGAAACACAUGAGAAUCCACACAGGAGAGAAACCAUUUAGCUGCUCAGUCUGUAAGAAAGCGUUUACAGAGAGUGGAAAUUUACAGACACACAUGAGAAUCCACACAGGAGAGAAACCAUUUAGCUGCGCUGAGUGUGGGAAAAGAUUUGGCACCAAUGGAGAUGUGAAGAGGCACAUGAGAUCUCAUACAGGAGAUAAACCAUUUAGCUGCUCAGUCUGCAAGAAAGCGUUUACAGUAAGUGGAAAUUUACAGACACACAUGCGAAUCCACACAGGAGAGAAACCAUUUAGCUGCGCUGAGUGUGGGAAAAGAUUUGGCACCAAUGGAGAUAUGAAGAGGCACAUGAAAUCUCACACAAGAGAGAGACCACUUAACUGCUCAGUCUGUAAGAAAGAUUUUGGACGGAGUGGUCAUUUACAGAAACGCAUGAUAAUCCACAAAGGAGAGAAACCAUUUCGCUGCUCAAUCUGUAAGUAAGAUUUUGGACAGUGAACACUUACAGAAACACGUGAGAAUCCACAAAGGAGAGAAACCACUCCGCCCCCUGUAUUUAAGGAAGGCUGGAGGACUCUUUCAGACUGAACCAGCUGUGCACCAGUUUUAUCUUUUUGGGGAUGGAGGUCUGAGGGCUAUGGCACAAAACCAAGAUGAUAUUGUACUAUAAAUACAGAUGUAUAAAUAGUAAUUGAUAAUGAAAUAAUUGAAAGAGUCUAUGAAAUGUUACACUCAAGAUCUCAUCUGAACAGUCAAAAACUUGACUAAGUUUAAAACUUUUACAGCCAACUUAUUAAAAAUGUUGAGUUUUAAUCACGUUUGAGUCAUUUAAGUCUAAAUGUAUUUGAACGGUCUUUAAUUUCUUUUAAAAUGUUUUACUACACUUCCUUACAUUGU